UGUACUGUUUUAUUUGAUUUUUAUUGUGCAUUUUUAUCUUAUUGGACUUCUAAUUUUAGGUGGGCUUUGUUCUAGUGAGUUUUUCUUUGUUUUUGGGUCAAAUUCUUUCAGUUUUCGGGCCCAGCCCGUGUGCUUUAAGCCCAGCCCCCUUUCUCCCCCAAAACGGUGCCGUUUGCUCCCCAACCCUUAGGGCUUUGUUUCUUAUUUCUAUCCUCCUGCUAGCACCGCUGCUUCCUCUUUCUUCUUCUUCCUUUGUUUUCUUUUAUUCUCUCCCUUCUCAUCGACCUAGUUGAGCAAAUCAAGUUCAAGUAAAACCCAUAUGAUAAGUUGGGAUAAAUUAGCGAGAAUUGGGAAUGGGUCAAGUUCUCUGCUUUGUGUUAAGUCAGAAACAAGCUUGAAUUGGUGGAUUCGAUGAGAAGGGAGAGAUGGAAUGCGGUGGCAUUCGGCGCUUGUGGUUUUGCAAAGCGGAGAUGAAUCUUGCGACUGGUAUUUUUUUAGGAGCUUGUGGAGCGCUAAAGCCAUUUAAUUCCAAGCAGUAAUCUUGCACGACGACGAUGUGCUUUUCUAAUUGGGAGGAUGGAAUCACAUUCAUUUGGUUGUUGCUGCUUCUUCUUCCUCUUUCGAUUUCCAUUUUUUUCUUUUCACUGUAGGUCCAUCUAUUUUGCCAUUCUUUUACCAUUUCCAUACUCGGUUUCUAGCUCCAUUUUCGUGCCAGUUUCUCUCCAAAUCUGUAUGCUAUGGGUUUCGGUCAUGCUCUAUUUUUUUGACAUCCUCUAUGGGUUUCUACGUCCGUGAUGUUGCUGCGUGGAGUAUUCUGCAACCCGAUCCCCAGCUUGUGCUUCUCCUCCAGACUCAUCCCCCUCUUGUUCGGAUCCUUUGCCUUCAGCUUUGGAUGCUUCAGUGGUUUCACUGGUGGCAUUUUCAUUGGAGAUUGCACCAUUUGACGAUUCGAUGAGCUCGCAUGGAGCUUCUGCAAUGAUUUAGAAUGAUCCGAAACCCCGUCCGAUCUCUCCGUAAUUUGCAUCGGAAUGGUAUUACGAUUAUCGCUCGCUUGCAAUUUUUCCCCUGCAUCGAAAACCCAUUUUUCUCCCUCUUCUUCAUCAAUCCGAUCGAUUUUCUUGUUGAAUGGGUGAAACGACUCCUUGAAUCUGGCCAGUAGCAGCUCGACAAUGGCGUGCACGGUGUGGGGUUGUAGGUCAAGUUGCCUCGCAUAAACGGCCAAUAAAUUAUUGUUUUAGGCGAACGGAUUUAGACGAAUGGUGUUAACUUUAACGGAAAACAACAAUAAAUUGUUAAAAUAAGAUUUUCUGUUUGAUAGCCGCUUUUUAUAUAUAAAGAUAUAUAUAAGUAUAUUUAUAUAUUUGUAUAAGAGUUGAACAUCUUUUCUGAUCUCACGGGCAUGCGGGUUUCACAAAAACACUGCUAAAUAAGAAAAUCUCUCAAGACAUUUUGGAAAGAAAGUCCAUUUCAUGAGCACGUUUAAAUCGCCUUUGGAGUAAAUUCUAUAUGCCACAACUGACGAUCUAAGUUUGGUUGAUUUGGGUAGUGUGUGUGGGAUACAAGUUGGACCCGGUGGAAUCUGGAUGAUAUUGAUGGUUCGACAACUGGACAUUUUCCUAGUACGCUAACACGACGCCAUGGAAAUUGCACCACUCAUAAGCUUAAAGAAGCCUUUUUGGUUUUCAUGUCAAACACAGGUAAUCGGAAUCAAUUGAUAUUUUACCCGAUUGAAACUAUAACUACAUAACUCACCCUAUUUGAACCUCAAAUAGAGUGCUCUAAGAUCCAAGCAUGUGAGAGAGAGAGAGAGAGAGAGAGAGAGAGAGAGAGAGAGAGAGAGAGAGAGAGAGAGAGAGAGAGAGAGAGAGAGAGAGAGAGAGAUGCUUAUAUUGUGAUGUCAUUUGAAACCGUUUUUUGGAGAAGAUGAAAAUCAUCAUGCAAUUGGGAGCCAAAUUGCAUGCAUUUCUUGCCUCCUCAUUUGUUAAACGUUCCCUUCCUCUUCAUCUUUUAAAAUGUACCCUCAAAGGUUUGCAAUUGCAUCACCAUUACAUAAUUAUACCUUCAGCUCUCUCUCUCUCUCUCUCUCUCUCUUCCUUCAAUGGGAAGACCACCUUGUUGUGACAAAUCCAACGUCAAGAGGGGCCUCUGGACUCCCGAGGAGGAUGCAAAAAUACUUGCAUACGUUUCCAACAAUGGGAUUGGGAAUUGGACCUUGGUUCCCCAGAAAGCAGGACUCAAUAGAUGUGGGAAGAGCUGCAGGCUUAGGUGGACAAAUUACCUCAGACCUGAUCUCAAGCAUGACGGUUUCGCCCCUCAAGAAGAAGACCUCAUUAUAAACCUUCACAAAGCUAUUGGAAGCAGGUGGUCUUUUAUUGCAAAACAGCUACCUGGAAGAACAGAUAAUGACGUCAAAAACUACUGGAACACCAAGUUGAGGAAGAAGCUUACCAAGUUGGGAAUUGAUCCUGUUACCCAUAAGCCAUUUUCUCAGAUCCUCUCUGAUUGUCGAGACAUUAGCGGCCUCCAAAACAGCCAAAACCAAAUUGGAUCUCUCAAUAAGAACAUCAAGUACUACGCAUCAGUGCCCACACCAGAACACUCUUCAGUCCUCACAGUAUUUCCAAAUACCGAUAUGAUCAGGAACAAGUCUGUGAUGGAGCAAGUCCAAGAUAGCUCCUCUAAUGCAAACAUCCACUCAUGGCACUGUUUGUCUCAGUUUCAAGUCCUUGACCCAGAAAUUAUCCAGCCAAACUUCUUUAAUGAAGCCACCUCUUCUUGUUCAUCAACAUCUUCUUCUAAUGUCACACAGUUAGGCUCGCCACAAUCGUAUUCUUGCCAACCAUCUCACGCACAAAUCACACCAUCUUCUUCCUUCAACUGGAGUGAAUUCCUCAGUGAACCUCUUCCCUAUCCGGGCUUUCAGCAACAGCAAGAUCGCCACCUCAAGGGAGUCUUGUCACCAACCAAUUGCCCUUCAACUCUAGAGCAAACACCCCAGUUAAACCUUGCUACUGGAAAUUAUAAUGGCCUAUAUCGAAUUGGACAUGAGGGUGAUUUUGGGACAUUUGAUUUUGGAUCCACAAGUGGAGAUCAAACAAACAACAGGUCAGAAGCUUCAUCAUCUGUGAGUUCAUUUGUGGACGCUAUUCUGGAACAGGACAGUGAGAUGCGGGCAGAAUUUCCAGAUAUUUUAGAUGGAUCUUUUGAUUACUAGAUACUGCAAUAUGGUUCUGUUACACUAGUAGAAAAUAAUAAUAAUAAUAAUAGCAGAAUUCAUAGUUUCAAUA